UCAGCUUUCUUGCACCCGAACGGAGCGCUUUUAUUUAACCGGUUACCUGAAAGGUUCUCCCCCGUCGUGCGCUGGCUAACAUACAUCGUGCGGACACCGUGAUACGCGCCACGUGGAUCGGCCAGCAAAGCCCAGCAAACCGUACACUUCGUCCCUGACAGAACACGAGUAUAAAGAACCAUAAUGUCGCAGCUUACAUUGCUAGCCGUGUGUGGCGUCGUUCUUCUACUGGCCGCUCAUACACACUGUACAGACGAACACAGGGAGAAGAGAAUAGGAGACAACGAUUUCUUCCAGGCCAACUACAACGCCGCGCAGGAGAUGCAGAGACAGCAAGAACUCAAGAGUUUCUUGGAUAAUAUGAUGGAGUCAGUUGGAAAAAGAUCAGGAGUAAAAAGAAAUGACUUCGAGAACGAUUUGUACCAAAAGGACGGACUGGACAGCGAGAUUGUUAGGAGACUAAUGGCGAGGUACUUCGACCAAUUGGAUGCACAGUCCUAGGAGUAGAGUCUGAGGCGAGCGCGGAUGACACGGAUGACAUUUGACCUCCACAACCCAGGCUGUCUUCAAAGUGACCUUUACUUCUUCAAACUGCGCAGACUCAAGGACCCGUCGAAAUAAGGAACCAAUGUAAAUACUGACUAUAGAACCCGCGCGUGAUGAAAUAUGAUUGAAAAUAUUGAAGGUCAAAACGAACUUCUAAAAGUCUAAUGAAGUCCCACCAUCAUCCGAUUCUAUCAAUUAUGUCACUUUGCAAAUCCCGUUAAACUCAGACACGGGCCGAUUAAAGUACUUCUGGUUAAAACAACCGAAAGUAUCUGUUACAUUAUUUCACUGACCAACUGAACUGUAAUCAUAUAGCCCCUCUACCCAUAUCCAUUAUAUUCUGACACUGGAUCUUCAAAUGUUUACUAUAGGUAAAGUAGGGAUUUCGAAAUAGUUAAUAAUAUUAAUUUUGGAUUCGGGAGUUGCACUCACUUUAUUUAUUUUUGUUGGGGGAGUGGCUGUUUUGUAGCGCCGGAAAUGGUUUGAGACUGGCAAUCAUAGAUUUGUUUGUUCACAUUUAGCACGACAGCCUUUACUUUGGGAAGUGAUUAUGCACUGAAGCACUAAACCUUUAUGCUUAAUUUAAGGAAAAGAGCAUGUUUUUGUUUGAGUAUUAUUUGUGUCGCGCUUUUGACUUUGGCUAAGUAUUCUUUUAUCCAGUAGUAGAUUAUUAGAGUCGCAACGCUUAGGCCUAUUUUGUAAAUUUAGAGGAAAUGUCAAGUAAAGAAGUCUGCACACUUAUUUGUACAGCUUAAAAGAAGUCUAUCAUCAAAGAAACAAUUUCAUCUUGCAAUCUAUUUUAAGAGAAAUUUUACGACGGCCUAACUUUCACGCUACCUCGCUGCAACUUUUUUUCUUCGAUUUUAAUCCCAGAAGUGAGAAACCCUAGAAACAAAAGCAAAAUGUGUACGUUAUGCUGGCAUGAACAAGCAUUUUUAUACGCACGAGAAGGGUUCCCUUAGUUUAAUAAAAGCACCGGCAAUCA